AUGAUGUCUGGUCGCACGUUGGAGACGACUUUUGAUAUUCACCAGGUUGGCCAUACUGGUCAGCGUGUCGGGAUGGUCCUCGCCGAGCUUCGUCUUGCUCGUCUCCAUCACCUGCACGUCGAGCCGCUCGGCCUCCUCCCACCGGCCCUGGUUCCUGUACGUCGAUGCCAGGUUGGCCAUACUGGUCAGCGUAGAGGGAUGGUCCUCGCCGAGCUUCGUCUUGCUCGUCUCCAUCACCUGCACCUCGAGCCGCUCGGCCUCCUCCCACCGGCCCUGGUUCCAAAACGUCGAUGCCAGGUUGGCCAUACUGGUCAGCGUGUCGGGAUGGUCCUCGCCGAGCUUCGUCUUGCUCGUCUCCAUCACCUGCACCUCGAGCCGCUCGGCCUCCUCCCACCGGCCCUGGUUCCUGUACGUCGAUGCCAGGUUGGCCAUACUGGUCAGCGUGUCGGGAUGGUCCUCGCCGAGCUUCGUCUUGCUCGUCUCCAUCACCUGCACGUCGAGCCGCUCGGCCUCCUCCCACCGGCCCUGGUUCCUGUACGUCGAUGCCAGGUUGGCCAUACUGGUCAGCGUAGAGGGAUGGUCCUCGCCGAGCUUCGUCUUGCUCGUCUCCAUCACCUGCACCUCGAGCCGCUCGGCCUCCUCCCACCGGCCCUGGUUCCAAAACGUCGAUGCCAGGUUGGCCAUACUGGUCAGCGUAGAGGGAUGGUCCUCGCCGAGCUUCGUCUUGCUCGUCUCCAUCACCUGCACAAAGAGCCGCUCGGCCUCCUCCCACCGGCCCUGGUUCCUGUACGUCGAUGCCAGGUUGGCCAUACUGGUCAGCGUGUCGGGAUGGUCCUCGCCGAGCUUCGUCUUGCUCGUCUCCAUCACCUGCACGUCGAGCCGCUCGGCCUCCUCCCACCGGCCCUGGUUCCUGUACGUCGAUGCCAGGUUGGCCAUACUGGUCAGCGUGUCGGGAUGGUCCUCGCCGAGCUUCGUCUUGCUCGUCUCCAUCACCUGCACGUCGAGCCGCUCGGCCUCCUCCCACCGGCCCUGGUUCCAAAACGUCGAUGCCAGGUUGGCCAUACUGGUCAGCGUAGAGGGAUGGUCCUCGCCGAGCUUCGUCUUGCUCGUCUCCAUCACCUGCACCUCGAGCCGCUCGGCCUCCUCCCACCGGCCCUGGUUCCAAAACGUCGAUGCCAGGUUGGCCAUACUGGUCAGCGUAGAGGGAUGGUCCUCGCCGAGCUUCGUCUUGCUCGUCUCCAUCACCUGCACUUCGAGCCGCUCCGCCUCUUUCCAUCGGCCCUCAAGCCUGAAUGCUAUUGCCAGCAUACUUACACUUGCAAGAACAUCUUCAUUCUCAGCAUCAAAUAA